UGCAGGCACUUUAACAUGCGACCGUUUAUUUUACCUUAUUACUCUUUAAACAACGCAAUCUUAAUAGGCCUGCGCAGUUGGUCCCAAACAGGCCGAUCACACUCUUAACCUGCGCACGCGGGAGUCGGAGCAGCAGCUGAAGGCGCGCGGGAAAUGAAAAAGAUGAAGGGAGGAGGUUUAACUUGCACCGUGUUCGUUUCAGUAAUCUUACCCUACGCUCUGGCCGCCUUCGCACGUACCGAUAACGGCGACCCAGAAGAUCCAAAAAUCUUCCAAAUGACAGACAAUCUGAUGAGCCAAAGAAAAAAUUUCCCGGAAAAUGAUAUUAAUCGUGUGGGCGCCGAGAAAAAGUUCCAAGUAUUCAUGAAGAAGUACGGGAAGGAUUACUCGAGCAAAGAGGAGUACGUGCACCGCCUCCGGAUUUUUGCCCGGAAUUUGGUCAGAGCAGCCGAGCACCAGGCGACGGAUCCCACCGCCAUCCACGGCGUAACCCCGUUCUCCGAUCUCUCCGAGGAAGAGUUUGAGAAGCUGUACACGGGAGUCGCAGGUGAUGGGCCUCGCCUGAACAGCGUAGUGGCGGAGACUGCGCCGGCGGUGGAAGUUAGCGGGCUGCCCAAGAGUUUUGACUGGAGAGCGAAAGGCGCUGUAACCGAGGUGAAGAUGCAGGGGGCGUGUGGAUCGUGCUGGGCUUUCAGCACCACGGGAGCAGUAGAAGGAGCCCAUUUCGUUGCAACUGGGAAGCUCCUCAAUCUCAGUGAGCAGCAACUGGUUGAUUGUGAUCAUACCUGCGAGGUGUUGGCAGAGGGGAAAACAUGCAACGAAGGGUGCAACGGAGGGCUGAUGACAAAUUCGUUCAAGUAUCUGAUGGAGGUGGGAGGGCUGCAGGAGGAGACCUCCUACCCUUACACUGCCACGCCUGGCCCCUGCAACUUCCGACCUCCCAAAAUUGCAGUCAGGGUUGCCAAUUUCACCAACAUCCCUAUCGACGAGACCCAAAUCGCAGCCAAUUUAGUUCGCCAUGGCCCCCUCGCAAUCGGGGUGAAUGCGGUGUACAUGCAGACGUACGUGAGGGGGGUGUCCUGCCCGUUGAUAUGCGGGGGGAAGAGGUGGAUAGACCACGGGGUGCUGCUGGUGGGCUACGGCGCCAAGGGCUUCUCCCUCCUCCGCUUGGGCUACCAGCCCUUCUGGAUCAUCAAGAACUCAUGGGGUUCCCACUGGGGGGAGCGCGGCUACUUUCGCCUCUGCCGCGGCCGUGCCAUGUGCGGCAUCAACCAGAUGGUCUCUACCGUCCUCACCCGCACUACUGCUACUAAUUCUACCAACUUACCUCAUCCUCCUCCUCCUCAUCAUCAUUAAUUAUCCGCAUGCAUAUAAUUACGUAAUGUGUACGUGUGUCCAUGCAUCUCCCUUUCUAAAUUAAUCUUAUAUUAUAUAUAUUAUACAAUGAGCUAUGUAUGUUCUAUAUUUAUCAUGCGUAUGGUUACUAAAUAAUCAGUUUUCUGUUAAUGCAUAUAUGGAACUUAAUUAAUUAAGAUUAUGUCUGUAUGCAUGUAUACCUAUUGACGGUACACCUUCUCAUCGUAAGAAAUCCAAUGUGAGAUUGGUGUCUGCAAAAA